AUGGCAUUUUUGGGUCAGUUAACAGCUAAUGUGCAAGCCCAGUUGAACAAUGUGAAGCCACAGCUAAAUUCUGUGCUUCAAACUGCAACUCGUGCUCGGGAUAAUCUGGCACCAAUUUUAAACCGUGCUACUGCUCAACUCGAUAAUCUUGGCAAGAUCUUACAGGUAACUGGAGAUCGUAAACAAUCACCUAUUGAUAUACUCUCAACAAUUACAACUUUCGAUAGUACGCUUGAGCAUUCAGAAAUUAGAAUAAAUUAUCCGAUGAAUGGUGAGACACGACUAAAGAAUGCGGGUGACAGUCUGCAACUGCAACUUGAUUCAUCAAAUAGGGCCGAACUGUCGGCAAGUCAUUUGGGUGAAGAACGAUAUGUUCUGGAGACUGUGUAUUUCCACUGGGGCACGGAACCUAUGAAUGGGAGUGAACAUACUAUUGGCGGAGUGGGUUAUGCGGGAGAGAUACAAUUCAUUCAUCGGAACACGAGAUUCCCGAAUCUAGAGAUGGCAUUUAAGGAAGCAAAUGGAAUACUGGGUGUGGCUGUAUUGCUAAAUGAAUCGCAUGACGACAAUCCAACAUUUUCAACAAUAAUUGAUGGCAUAAAGCAGGUGGUUUAUAAAGGUAGUGAAUGUGCGAUUUACGGUGUCAAUUUGCCUCAUAUGUUGCCUUCUUCAGAAAAAAUGAAGGAAUUCUGGACAUACACUGGUUCGGAGACAGUACACCCGUACAGAGAAACUGUUCAAUGGAUUAUUUUCAGGGCUACUGUUUGGAUAUCUUCGAGUCAGUUGGAUAAAUUACGUACACUGAAACGUGAAGGUUACGAAUGUGAAGUUGAGGAAACAAUGUUACCAAUUCGUGCAGUUCAACCAAUUAAUGGCCGUAUAAUACGUUCAUCAUUUCGUUCUUCAGCCCAAGCAGCACGAAUAACAGAGACACAAUAA